AUGAUUGGGUUACCAAUAAAUUUCAUUCAUAAUGGCUCUAAGGCUUGUGAAAGAAGUGGAAGUUGCUGUGAAUCCAUGCCUGAUUGGCUGCUGAUUCGAAUCACCUCGAUUCAUCAGUUUUUAAUGGCGACAAGGCUUUCAAAUGAUGACGCGGUGGCCCUUUUCCCAUGGACUAUUGUGGCGCAGCGCUGCGAGCUACUCUGGCGCUUUGGUCUCGUCAAUAGGAUGGCUGUCUUUCUUGUGCAACGCGUACUCCCCGCCAUUCAGCGUUCACUGAAUUCAGAUAAAGGCGAUGUCGCCAAACGUCUGUUUUGGACCAGUUUUCUUGCGAAUCUUGUAAUCUUUUUUCGAUCUGCGCUGAUUGUUCCAGCACAUGGGCUCGCUAUUGGGCGCUAUAACCCCAAAUUACCGAAUGAAGCCAUUGUGCAAUGUAGGUAUUGUGCUUCAGCUGAAUUCCGUAAAGUCUCCUCGUCUAGCUGUCAUGAAUGUAUUUUUGAUGCCCAGUUAACUUAUAUAAGCAAGCAAUCCUUGGAGAAUAUCCGCAAAAGCCUGAUUAAGGUCACGGUCGUUGUGCUGCUUCGGAUUGUCGGCGAGACCAUAGCGGAGUUUGAAGUUAUCCAAACAUACAGAAAUGCCUUUCCGUUGAUGCACCGCUAUCGGAUGCCUGCAUCAAUGACAAAAAAACUGACCAUGUUAUGGCUCACGGUUGCCUUAAAAGACGCAUUUAACCAGUUGCUUGAUAUAUCUUCAACAGCCUUUGUUAAUGUGCCAACAGAGGGCGAGGUUGCUAAUAUAUUCCCUGUCGCUAUGGAUGUUUUGAGGCAGUAUUUUCCAGCUAGUAAAUGUCUCAUUACUGUGGCUGGGGUCAAAAGCAUGCUCGCAGAGGGCGAGGCAGCUUUCCGGAGUCGCCUAAGACGACUAGCUAUACAAAGUUCAAAACGCUGGGUCAGAGAAAUGGAUUAUUCUGAUCAGAGCUUAGUUUAUGAAGGAAUGCCACAAGGUAUUUUCCUACGUGGAGAGAAAAAAAUAUCUGCACUUUCUGUAUUUCUGAUGCUUGGGAAACUUGUACAACUGGAGGCUCUUGUAGCGUCGCUGAGACAAACAUCAACGGCAACGGCAUUAUAUUCAGCAUUAGCAGGAUAUUAUCUUUUGCUGCCGCCGCAGAUUCUACACGUUCUCAGCAAAUACAAAGACGUAGAGAAAUCUGUGUUCUACGCUUAUCAUAGGAACGUGGUACAACCAUGGCGUAGAAAGGUCAUGGAAAUGUCACGGAUAGGUUCCCUCUAUCGUAUGAUGAAAGAUACGAAAACACAUCCUCUUGAAAGUGGUCUAAGAACUAGCAGCUACAAAAGAGAAUAUCCGCCUCCUACACUUCUUUCCAGGGCCCUCAAGUACCAUGAGAUGCACGGUGCUUUUGAGCCACCCCUGAAAGAAUCUGUGCGAUUAUGCCCAGGUGCACUUUAUGGUUUCGAAACCGAUAUAUAA